GAGUCCCGCCAAAAGAUGGCCGUUCGAUGGUAAACAGUGAUGAAUGCGAGUCGAAGCAGAGUAGUCAGUGAAGCAGAGUGGAGCAGAGCUGGAGGAUUCGUAGAUUUUCUUAGAAUAGCACUGCAUUGAAGAUGAGGCAGCGAACGGCGUGGUUAGUGACAGUCAAAUGACCCGGGGAUGCAUUACAAUUUACAGCUCCUUUACUCUUAAUUAGUCUUAUGCUGAUCAGUCUUACGAACAUUCCGGCGAAAUGUCGAAUUCGAGUAAGAGGAUCGUCGUCCUGAUCGACAUGGAUUGCUUCUUCUGCCAAGUCGAGACCAAGCUGCAACCGCAUCACAAGGGAAAGCCCCUGGCUGUUGUCCAGUACAAUCAGUGGGAGAUGGGCGGAAUAAUAGCUGUUAAUUACGAAGCACGAAGUUUUGGAGUAACAAGGCACAUGAGAGGCAAAGAAGCUAAAGAGAAGUGUCCAGAUAUAGUUCUAGUCAGCGUUCCAUGUCUUCGUGGGAAAGCAGAUACAUCCAGAUAUAGAAAAGCUGGUCGCGAAGUCAUCGAAGUUAUAAAGAAGCAUUGCAAUGUAAUAGAGCGUGCUAGUGUCGACGAAGCAUAUCUUGACAUUACGGAUAUCGUUGAUAAGAAAUUAGCCGCUUCUAAAGUUUCUCCAAAGGGACUAAUAUCGUCUCUUUCAAAUACAUACGUUGUAGGAUAUUCGGAAGUUGGUAAAAAUGACGAAGAAGAGAGGAAUCAAGGGCUACAGACAUGGAUACUGGACUCUUUUAAAGAACUGCACGAUAUUCAAGCUCAGAGACUCGCCGUAGCUGGCGUAAUAGUCGAAGAGAUAAGAGAUAGCGUAUAUAGAGAAACCGGAUUUAGAUGUUCUGCUGGAAUUGCACAGAACAAGAUAUUGGCAAAAUUGGCAUGUGGACUACACAAGCCGAAUCGCCAAACGAUUUUACCUGAAGCGGCUGUUUCAAGCCUGUAUUCGGCGCUUCCGGUAAAAAAGGUCCGAAAUCUCGGUGGAAAGUUUGGCGAUGACGUGGUCGAGUUACUCGGUUGUAAAGUUAUGGGGGAUCUGUUGCAAUAUUCUUUGGAACAAUUACAAAAGCACUUCGAUGAAAAGACAGGGUUUUGGCUGUACAAUAUUGCACGAGGUAUAGACGACGAGCCUGUCACCAAUAGACUGUUAGCAAAGUCUAUCGGGGCGUGUAAAAAGUUUCCCGGCAAGCAAGCUAUCACCUCGUUAGAAGUGUUGAGGCACUGGGCCGGGGAUCUGGCAGCGGAAGUCUGCGAGCGGCUCGAGGAGGACUUCGUGGAGAAUCAGCGACGUGCGACGCUACUUAUAAUCUCUUAUCAUUACUAUCAGAACAAAAGUAUCAUAUCCCAAACGCGCUCGCUUGCCUUGAACUCAUACAAACCGGAAAAAAUGGCAAGUCAAUGCGUGGACGUUAUCACCAAGUCGACGCAGUGUCCGGUGGCAUACAUGGGCAUCUCUGUCACUAAAUUCGUGCCAUCGAAAGAAAGCGGUAGCUUCUUGAAAUUUUUUAAAAACGCCAAACCGAAAGACGAGGAGGUUGCCAUUUUUGAUUCGCUUGGAGAUACGGCAAACUCCACGUCCAGUUCAGAAGCGAAAGGAGAGACGUCUUUCAACGGCAAAAAAGCCUGUUCAUCGAAAACUGAAAAACAAAAGCCUCAAGAAAUUAAAGGAUCUCCCGCGGUCAAAGAAUCAACAGUACGAACUAAUCAAGGCACGAUGAAGGAAAGCAAGAGAAUCGCCAAUAAUUUAAAUACAAGUGCGGAGGACUCGCCUACGUCAAAAAGAGUUUCGAAGCUGAUCCAAGUGUGCAACAAGCGCGACAAGAACAAACGUCUGUCGGGUAUGGUAAUAGAUAAUAACGAUUUUCAAGAUUCUUUCUUCAUGAACGUAUAUAAGACAGGGGAGAAGAAGUGCUGCAACAACACUGACGGAAGCGCCGACACUGCGGAGGAAUCGAAAUGCAGGAAACAAUUGAUCAGGUCUAAUGCGGGUGAAGAAAACACGGAUGACGAGAACAUCGAUGAUUACAAUACAGAUCUACGCGUGCGAGAGAAUGCUCGUGAAACACCUUCCACGAGCCAUGUACACACUCGUGUAAAUGAUAACAGCGAGGAGCCCGCAGAGGGGAAUAACGAAAGGACCUCCACACGAGAUUCUUCGGUGCGGCUGCGAGAGAUAUUUCCAGACUUGGACGACAUAGAUCCGGAUAUCCUGUCCCUGUUGCCGGCCGAUUUACAGGAGGAAGCGAGGUCGUACGUGAAAUCGCGAGGUAGUAAGAAGCAGGAGAACGUUAAGGCCGCCCGAGAGUUGCCGAAGGCGGGAAGAGGGAGACCCAGCAAGGCCAAACUCACUGGUAAGAGCGGCGGCAAGAGGCGCAGCCCGCUGUACAAUUUCCUGAUCAAGACCGACUCAGGCGUGCGUGAGGUGCCUCUAGAGCGAUGCGCCGAGUGCGGUCAAAUGAUACCCAUAACGAAGUUCGACGAACAUGUGGACUUCCAUGUCGCGCAGAAUUUAUACCGGGAGAUCAAUAAGCCUACGUCAGGCGAGAAUGGGGGCGCGAAGAGGAAACACGAGGACGACGAAGUUGUCACUCUCGCGAAGCGUCAAACGUCGAACGGUUGCGAGUCCGACAGGGAUUCUCGAACAACCACGUUCCUCUCGUGAUUGUGCCUGUAAAUCCAAUAUUUUUCAAUAUUUUGUGAUUGACAAUUUAUCUCUAUCUAUCAAUCGUGAUGGCGUACCGUUAUUGCAAUUACAGACAAAAUGAUUGGAUAAAUAUUUAUGUGUAUAAUUUAUAUAUAUAUUUGUGCAUAAUUAAAAGCGCAACUGUAUAUGUGGGCUUUUAUGAAAUGUAUCAUAAAUUAUUGUAAUAUAUUAACAUAUUGAAAUAAGCUAACUGUAUGUUGGGCUUUUAUGGAACGUAUGAUAAAUUAUUGUAAUAUAUUAACACAUUGAAAUAA